CCCCAACUCUCUCCACCCCUCUCCACCUAUCUCUCACGCCACCUCUCUGCCAACAGGCAGUUUUCCUUUCUCUAGGUUUAGCUCUUUUUCCCAAGUUCUAGAGAUUCAUGAACUGAGAAAAAUUUGUAGCAUUUUUUGUGAUUUGGUGUGGGAAUGGAGGCCCAAAUCCUCCAGUUGUCCUCCGGGAUUCAUCACUUUUACUUGUGAUUUUCGUUUCUGUUGCACUGACUGUGUUUUUCUUUUUCUCCCCAUUUUUCGUGUCUAGCUGUGAUCUAUGUUUCCUAGAGUUUGAGUCAAUCUCAAGCAAUGAUUUUUGUUAAAUAGUUUCGUUGCUAGUUGAAUUCCAUCUGACCAAAGUUUAAGAAUGUUUCGUGUGUUUUUGAAUCGGUUUUGGCCGAUUUUGUGGUUGCUUUCUUCUCUGCUUGGUGUCCUAUCCGUUCGUUUGUUGCAGGUGAGGCCAGGCAGUAGCACUACCAGCGCCGUGUGCUUUGCGCCGUGCGCGCUCAUCUGAGCGGUGCUCGCUCUCGGUCCUGGUACUCGAACAACAGUUCAUCGGUCUUGGCUCCAGAGGCAGAGCAAUCAGUACUGGUUGCUCAGUCGUUGUGCGUAGCUUCCAGAGUGCUUGUUCCAAAUCACCGGUGGUGCAGACCCUGACGGAGCUCCUGCUUGCUUUGUUGAUCGAGAGCACCCUCGUCUGCCAUCUGCUUCUUGUUCUGCAGUCUGGACCGGCUCGAGUUUCACACUCUGUGUUAAUUCUUGAUUCGUUUGCAGCACAGGGACACUCCAUCGUUGUGCAUUCUCAGCAUCAGGUGUUUAGGACCGGCCUCUCCAAGUACUAAUCAGUGCUUUCCAUUUGUCUGUGUUCGCACAACUUCAAGAGGUGGAGGAGCAGACCACAUGAAUUUUAUUUCUUGUGUAUUUUCUUGUGUGUGAUUUGAGUAGAGGCAACUUCUUUUUCGUGGGCACCUAGCUGUGCAGAGCUGAGAGCUCCAGGUUGAUGUUCUAUUUUUUUGUGAUGGUCAAUUUUCUAGGGGAUUUUCAGGUUAUUUUCUCCUAGCUCUGAUUUUCUGUUUUAUGUGUAGUUUAGUCGUUUGGGCUCUGAUUUAAGUUCCGUUUGUUGCGUUAGUUUUCUCUUGCUGCAAGAAAUUUAUCUAAGUGCACUGUCACCGAUUGGCUAGAGCAAAUUGGUUUUGGAACGUGUUUGUGUUUGGCGGUGAGUUUGGGACAGCGGCCAAAAAUAUUUUCAGAGACAAUUUAAGGCUCCCAUUCACCCCCCUCUGGUCGCCGUUUUCGGUCCUUCAAUUGGUAUCGGAGCCGGUUAAGGAUCAUUCCACCUUAAUCGGUCCAUGAUCCACGAAGGCGACAUGGAGCGUGGUUCCGGUAAACCACCGUUCUUCGAUGGAACAAACUAUCCCUAUUGAAAAAUACGCAUGUGUGCCCAUCUUCAGGGUAUUGAUUGGCUUGUUUGGGAAAUUUGCGAGGAUGCUACUUUCGUUGUGCUUGAACCCCGUGUUCGAACCACGCAAGAUCAAAAAGAUCGGCACAACGCAAAUAGCAGAGCAAGAUCUGUUCUUUUCUCGAGUCUUUCGCUUCCUGAGUUCGAGUGUGUCUCUGACUGUGCUACUACUCGAGAUAUCUGGGUGAGGCUUCACAGCUAUCACGAGGGUACAGCCCAUGUCAAAACCAGACUCUAUGAGACGUACAAAAGAGAGUACGAGAACUUCACUCAGCUUGAUGGCGAGUCCAUCGAUGCCAUGUUUUCUCGUUUUCAGACGAUCAUUAACAAGAUGCGAGCAAACAAGGCACAGCUACCUUAUGACGAUCAUGAGAGGGCUCUCAAGCUUCUAUAUGCCCUAGAUCGGAAGGUAUGGAAUGUGAAGGUGUCUGCCAUCAUCGAGUCUUCGAACUACGACACCAUCAGCAAGCUCAAGUCCACCGAGAUCGACUACCAGACUCAAGCCAAGCUCAAGAAUCCCUCUGCACCGACUAUGGCUUUAGUCUCAGGUAACAGUUCAAGUUCUUCAGCUAACCCUUCACAUAUGUCGUUUGCCUUGUCUUCUUUGGUGUCUGUUUCAGAGGAGCAGUUGGAGACCCUUGGGGAUGACGAGCUGGCGUUGAUCAUCAGCCGGUUCUCGCGGUUCCACAACAACCGCUUGAACCGCCGCCAGGGCGGUGAUCAAAAGGUGGGCUGCUACAACUGUGGAGAUCUCGACCACUUCGUCGCCCACUGCGCCAAGAAGAACAAGCACUCCUCCAACAAGUAUGACUCCGGCAAGCGCAAGGACAAGCGCGAAUACACCUCCAAGAAGUACAAGUCAAAGAAGGGCUUCGACAAAGAGGCGCUCAAGAAGAUGUACCGCAAGAAAGCCAAGGCGCAAGAGCGUGCCUUGUGUUGA